GUCAUUCUGCUCCAAGGAACAUUAACUUAGGAACUAUUCUACUAUUUAUUCAAACAAAACCAAAUCAAAUGUUUGCAGCUAGCAAGGUGUUGCUCUGUGGGUUAAUAAUGCUUUUUUCAGUUUCCAAGGUCGAAGCGCAGAAUUCAUCAGCUCUUGAGAUACUCAAUAGUUUGAUCCAGCAACUAGUUCAAUUGAUUCAGAACCUAAUAAAUGAGUUAAGUCCUACAACAACAGCUGCCCCUGUAACCACUUUACCUAGUCGCUCGACUAUAAGUACAGCUACGCAGCCUAGCACUGGGACUAGUAGUCAGACUACCAUAACUAUGACAACUGCUACACCUUCCAGCAGCGGCCUUACAACUGCCACCAGUAGCAGCAAAUCCACUGGAAGCACUGAUAGCCCAAUAUUAUCAGCUAAUGUGGGGACAACAGUCAGUCACCAAUCAACAGCUACCAGCAGCAUUGCAGUCUCUUCAACUAUUGGGACUGACACUAAUAGCCAAUCUCUUUUGUCCAGCACAGAGACAUCUUCAAACACUAGGGGCAGCAGUCAAUCACCUUCAGCAAGUUACACUUUGAGCUCUCCCAUGUCAGAUACCAGCAGUCAAUCACCAUCAGCCAACACAGGGACAUCAUCCAAUACUGCUACCAACAACCAAUCAGAAUCCACCAUUAACACUCUAAGCUCUUCUGGUACAGAGACCAGCAGUCAAUCACCAUCAGCCAACACAGGGACAUCUUCCAAUACUGCUACCAACAGCCAAUCAUCAUCAGUGAACACAGAGACAUCAUUCAAUACUGCUACUAACAGCCAAUCAGAAUCCACUACUAACAUUCUAAGCUCUUCUGGUACUGGUAGAGAGACCAGCAGUCAAUUACCAUCAGUUAACACAGGGACAUCAUCCAGUACUGCUACCAGGAGCCAAUCAGAAUCCACUAUAAACACUCUAAUCUCUUCUGAUACAGAGACCAGCAGUCAAUCACCAUCAGUCAACACAGGGACAUCGUCCAAUACUGCUACUAACAACCAAUCAGAAUCCACCAUUAACACUCUAACCUCUCCUGGUACAGAGACCAGCAGUCAACCAUCAUCAGCCAGCACAGGAACAUCAUCCAAUACUGCUACCAACAGCCAAUCAGAAUCCACUACUAACAUUCUAAGCUCUUCUGGUACAGAGACCAGCAGUCAAUCACCAUCAGCCAACACAGGGACAUCAUCCAAUACUGCUACCAACAACCAAUCAGAAUCCACCAUUAACACUCUAACCUCUCCUGGUACAGAGACCAGCAGUCAACCAUCAUCAGCCAGCACAGGAACAUCAUCCAAUACUGCUACCAACAGCCAAUCAGAAUCCACUACUAACAUUCUAAGCUCUUCUGGUACAGAGACCAGCAGUCAAUCACCAUCAGCCAACACAGGGACAUCGUCCAAUACUGCUACCAGGAGCCAAUCAGAAUCCACUAUGAACACUCUAACCUCUUCUGGUACAGAGACCAGCAGUCAAUCACCAUCAGUCAACACAGGGACAUCUUCCAAUACUGCUACCAACAGUCAAUCAGAAUCCAUUACUAACACUCUAACCUCUACUGGUACAGAGACCAGCAGUCAACCAUCAUCAGCCAGCACAGGAACAUCAUCCAAUACUGCUACCAACAGCCAAUCAGAAUUCACUACUAACACUCUAACCUCUUCUGGUACUGAGACCAGCAUUCAAUCAACAUCAGCCAACACAGGGACAUCUUCCAAUACUGCUACCAACAGUCAAUCAGAAUCAAUUACUAACACUCUAACCUCUUCUGGUACAGAGACCAGCAGUCAAUCACAAUCAGUCAACACAGGGACAUCGUCCAAUACUGCUACUAAUCGCCAAUCAGAAUCCACCAUCAACACUCUAACUUCUUCUGGUACAGAGACCAGCAGUCAACCAUCAUCAACCAGCACAGGAACAUCAUCCAAUACUGCUACGAACAGCCAAUCAGGAUCCAGAUCCACUACUAACAUUCUAAGCUCUUCUGGUACAGAGACCAGCAGUCCAUCACCAUCAGCCAACACAGGGACAUCGUCCAAUACUGCUACUAAUCACCAAUCAGAAUCCACCAUAAACACUCUAACCUCUCCUGGUACAGAGACCAGCAGUCAAUCACCAUCAACCAACACAGGGACAUCUUCCAAUACUGCUACCAACAGUCAAUCAGAAUCCAUUACUAAUACUCUAACCUCUACUGGUACAGAGACCAGCAGUCAACCAUCAUCAGCCAGCACAGGAACAUCAUCCAAUACUGCUACCAACAGCCAAUCAGAAUUCACUACUAACACUCUAACCUCCUCUGGUACUGGUACAGAGACCAACAGUCAACCAUCAACAGCCAGCACAGGAACAUCAUCCAAUACUGCUACCAAGAGCCAAUCAGAAUCCACUACUAACACUCUAAGCUCUCCUGGUACAGAGACCAGCAUUCAAUCAACAUCAGCCAACACAGGGACAUCUUCCAAUACUGCUACCAACAGUCAAUCAGAAUCAAUUACUAACACUCUAACCUCUUCUGGUACAGAGAUCAGCAGUCAAUCACAAUCAGUCAACACAGGGACAUCGUCCAAUACUGCUACUAAUCGCCAUUCAGAAUCCACCAUCAACACUCUAACCUCUUCUGGUACAGAGACCAGCAGUCAACCAUCAUCAACCAGCACAGGAACAUCAUCCAAUACUGCUACCAACAGCCAAUCAGGAUCCACUACUAACAUUCUAAGCUCUUCUGGUACAGAGACCAGCAGUCAAUCACCAUCAGCCAACACAGGGACAUCGUCCAAUACUGCUACUAAUCACCAAUCAGAAUCCACCAUUAACACUCUAACCUCUCCUGGUACAGAGACCAGCAGUCAAUCACUAUCAACCAACACAGGGACAUCUUCCAAUACUGCUACCAACAGUCAAUCAGAAUCAAUUACUAACACUCUAACCUCUUCUGGUACAGAGACCAGCAGUCAACCAUCAUCAACCAGCACAGGAACAUCAUCCAAUACUGCUACCAACAGCCAAUCAGGAUCCACUACUAACAUUCUAAGCUCUUCUGGUACAGAGACCAGCAGUCAAUCACCAUCAGCCAACACAGGGACAUUGUCCAAUACUGCUACCAGGAGCCAAUCAGAAUCCACUAUGAACACUCUAACCUCUUCUGGUAUAGAGACCAGCAGUCAAUCACCAUCAGUCAACACAGGGACAUCGUCCAAUACUGCUACUAAUCACCAAUCAGAAUCCACCAUAAACACUCUAACCUCUCCUGGUGCAGAGACCAGCAGUCAAUCACCAUCAGCCAACACAGGGACAUCUUCCAAUACUGCUACCAACAGUCAAUCAGAAUCCAUUACUAACACUCUAACCUCUUCUGGUACAGAGACACGCAGUCAACCAUCAUCAGCCAGCACAGGAACAUCAUCCAAUACUGCUACCAACAGCCAAUCAGAAUUCACUACUAACACUCUAACCUCUUCUGGUACUGGUACAGAGAUCAGCAGUCAACCAUCAACAGCCAGCACAGGAACAUCAUCCAAUACUGCUACCAAGAGCCAAUCAGAAUCCACUACUAACACUCUAAGCUCUUCUGGUACAGAGACCAGCAGUCAAUCACCAUCAGUCAACACAGGAACAUCGUCCAAUACUGCUACCAACAGCCAAUCAGAAUCCACUAUUAACACUCUAACUGCUUCAAUAUCCACUGGCAACACUCCUAACCCAUUUAUUACUUUUACAGAUAGUCACACAUCAGUCAGUACUGUGACAUCUUCUAAUACUGGAACUAGUAGUCAACUAACAUCCAGUAAUAGUCAAUCACCAUCAAGCAACACAGGGACAACCGUAACUGCGGCAACCAAUACCCAAUCAACAUCCACAAGCAACAUUGUGAACCUUUCAAGUACUGCUAUCACCGGUCAACUUUCAUCAACCAACUCUGUAACAUCUUCCAGUACCACCUCCAAUACCAUAUCCGGAUUUCCAAAUGCCACAAGUUUAACCACUACAGUGACUAGUGUCAGUGUUGUGUCAUCAAAUACAAUAACCACUGCCACUAGUGCAACUACCGCUUCAUCAGGACAGACAGUAACUUCAUUUACAACAUCUUUGAGCAAACCAACAGGAACAAAUAAUACAAUGACCUCUACCACUGGUACAGGUAGCAUUUCAACUUCAAGCACAAAAGCCAGUGUUCAAACCACAAGCAAUGCACUGACCUCAUCAAGCACUGUGACCCAACAAGCACCAACAAGUGGAACUGAAAGUAUUACAAAUAAAACUACCACUAGUACAACUGUAACCUCUUCAACUACUGUGAGCUCGGCAAGCACUGUGCUUCCCAACUGGGCCAUAUUUCUCAUAGCUUUGGCGGUCAGCAUUGGUACACGGUCAUACUUAUUAGUACAACCUUCCUUUUUCAAGCAGCUCUGUUAUCAUAGAGACAUCGCCACUUGGUGUGGGGUCCCUGGGGGUACUUACCUGAAGCUGUCCAUUGCUGCUGCCAUGACCAUCCAAUGCAUCCUCUUUAGCUACUGGUGCUUCAUCUGCCAGGAGGCCACAUCAGAGUUGCAAUCUAGCACAAGAGUACUACAAUGA